GAAACUUUAAUUAAUAAACAGGAACUGCGCUCCACGCUCCCAUCACUCCGCAGCCAGACCCAGUCGACCGGUGCUGUACGACACCACUUCCGGUCCGACUGCCUCCGUGGUAACCCGAGCUCCGCUUCCAGAAGGCGGAGGCUCGGCGAGUCUCGCGGCACGUCAUUGGCGGAGGCGCGUCGGCCGUCGGCGCGUGAGUGGCGGCGGAAGCUGUCAGUCAGUGCCAAGCUGCAGACGGGGCUCCGGAGAGAGGGAGAUGUCAGAGGCUGAACCGCUGCCUCCAUUCAGUAGCAUUAGUGGGGUUCAGCAGCCAGCAUGGCCACAGCUGCCUCCAGCCCCUACACCCUGCUCAGCCCCAGCUCCAUGAUCCACGCGGACAGCCAGGCCAUGCAGCCCGCGAGCCCCUACAGAGGCCACCAGAAGCUGCUCCAAAGCGACUACCUGCAGAGCGUCCAGAGCAACGGGCACCCCCUCGGGCACCAGUGGGCGAGCAGCCUGUCGGAGGGCAGCCCCUGGUCCUCUAUGGAGCAGCAGGACGUGAAGCCCGGCAGAGAGGACCUGCAGCUCGGCAUCAUCCAUCACCGCUCCCCGCACGUCGCGCAUCACUCCCCUCACCACAACAACCACGGGAGCCACCCGGGAGCCUGGGGCACCCCGGUGUCCCACAACUCCUCCAUCACCAGCGGGCAGCAGAUCAACAUCUACUCCCAGACGGGCUUCACCGUCAACGGCAUGCUGGACCACGGCGGCCUCACGCCGCCGGCCAACCCGCAGGGCCAAGGCAUGCACCCGGGCCUCAGGGACACGCUCAGCCCCGAGCACAGCGACCUCGGCGGGCACCACUGCCACGACCACUCGGACGAGGAGACGCCGACCUCGGACGAGCUGGAGCACUUUGCCAAGCAGUUCAAGCAGAGGAGAAUCAAGCUGGGCUUCACCCAGGCGGACGUGGGUCUGGCCCUGGGCACGCUCUACGGCAACGUGUUUUCCCAGACCACCAUCUGCAGGUUCGAGGCCCUGCAGUUGAGCUUUAAGAACAUGUGCAAACUAAAGCCGCUGCUGAACAAGUGGCUGGAGGAGGCGGACUCGUCCACUGGCAGCUCCAGCAGCAUAGACAAGAUCGCAGCUCAGGGGAGGAAGAGGAAGAAGAGGACGUCCAUCGAGGUGAGCGUGAAGGGGGUCCUGGAGACCCACUUCCUCAAGUGUCCCAAGCCGUCCGCGCAGGAGAUCACGUCGCUCGCGGACUCGCUGCAGCUGGAGAAGGAGGUGGUGCGCGUGUGGUUCUGCAACCGGAGGCAAAAGGAGAAACGGAUGACGCCGCCCGGGGAGCCGCCGCCGCCGCCGCACGAGGGACCCUAUUCGCACAGCGGGAGCGCGGGGGACACGUCCUCGUGCCACGAUCUCUGACCGCGCGAGGAGGAGGAGGAGGACCCGCCCGGUUAUGGACUCUGGAGCGAAGGGACGCGAGCGCGCUACAGGGUGGUGGACCGGCUUCCGGCUUCCAGCCUCCGCCGCCUGUCCCGGUACAGACUCCCGCCGCUGCCGCCAGCACUGAAUCCCAAUAAGAAGAACAGAGAAACCCGCUCAAGCCUUCGUCCUUUUUUUCUAACUGUCACGAGGGCAUUAUUACAUCACAUUUCAGAUCCUUUUGGAGCUUCGCUUUGUUUCUUUCUCUUUUUUUUUUCCUCCAUCACGGAUAUAAAUACAAAAAUGUGCCUAAUUAUAUACCUGCCAGCGCCUUUGGUUUGUGUCACCAUUUCCCAUCAGCUCUAUAAUAAUUGCUAACAUGGGAACUGAUGUCUUAUUUUUGACUUGUUGGGGUCCCCCCCGCCCCCCUCCACACACACACACACACGCACACACACUCACACACAUGCUGUUUUAUUUGGAUGAU